UCCUGUGAAUUUUCCUAAGCUCCUCGGGGACUUCUUUGCUUUUUGAAUCAGAAAGUUGCAAAAUACCGUCAAGAAUGGCACUUGUGGAUAAACACAAAGUCAAGCGGCAGCGACUGGACAGAAUUUGUGAAGGUAUUCGCCCUCAAAUCAUGAACGGCCCCAUGCACCCCCGGCCCCUGGUGGCACUGCUGGACGGGAGGGACUGUACGGUGGAGAUGCCCAUUUUGAAGGACUUGGCGACGGUUGCAUUUUGUGACGCACAAUCAACUCAGGAGAUUCAUGAGAAGGUAUUAAAUGAAGCUGUUGGGGCGAUGAUGUACCACACCAUCACGCUGACUCGAGAAGAUCUAGAGAAAUUCAAGGCCUUACGGGUCAUUGUUCGAAUAGGCAGUGGCUACGACAACAUUGACAUCAAAGCUGCGGGGGAGCUUGGGAUCGCCGUCUGCAACAUCCCCUCGGCUGCCGUGGAGGAGACGGCCGACUCCACCGUCUGCCAUGUCCUCAACCUCUACCGACGAAACACGUGGCUCUACCAGGCGCUGCGGGAAGGCACGCGGGUGCAGAGCGUGGAGCAGAUCCGGGAGGUGGCCUCCGGGGCCGCCCGCAUCAGGGGGGAGACGCUCGGCCUCAUCGGCUUCGGUCGCACUGCGCAGGCGGUCGCGGUCCGAGCCAAGGCGUUCGGCUUCAACGUGAUAUUUUACGACCCGUACCUGCAGGAUGGGAUAGAGAGGUCCCUGGGAGUCCAGCGGGUCUACACGCUCCAGGACCUGCUCUAUCAGAGCGACUGUGUCUCGUUGCACUGUAACCUUAAUGAACAUAACCAUCACCUUAUCAACGAUUUCACGAUUAAGCAGAUGAGGCAGGGAGCGUUCCUGGUGAACACGGCGCGCGGGGGGCUGGUGGACGAGAAGGCCUUAACGCAAGCCCUGAAGGAGGGACGGAUACGAGGGGCUGCGCUUGACGUGCACGAAUCUGAACCAUUUAGUUUUGCUCAAGGCCCGUUGAAAGACGCUCCUAAUUUAAUCUGUACUCCGCACACCGCUUGGUACAGCGAGCAGGCGUCGCUAGAGAUGAGAGAAGCUGCUGCUACUGAAAUACGGCGUGCGAUCACAGGGCGCAUCCCAGAAAGCCUAAGAAACUGCGUGAAUAAGGAAUUCUUUGUCACAACAGCUCCGUGGUCAGUAAUAGAUCAGCAAGCAAUUCAUCCGGAGCUCAAUGGUGCCACGUACAGGUAUCCACCUGGCAUGGUCAGCGUCGCACCGGGAGGAAUACCGGCAGCUAUGGAGGGCAUCAUUCCCGGAGGCAUCCCCGUUACUCACAAUCUUCCCACAGUGGCACAUCCUUCCCAAGCUCCAUCUCCUAACCAGCCCACAAAACACGGGGACAACAGGGAACACCCCAACGAGCAAUAGCAGAUAAUUUAAAAAUCAUUCAAUAAACUUGGGACCAAGAGACAUUGGAAAA